CAUUCUCUAUGGUCUCAUAUUAAUAAUUGAGUCAAUCUACAACAUGAUUUUAAUCGGCCAUUCUUCAUCAUAUCGUGCGAUAAACGCGGAACCAGGCUAUUUAUAGAAGAUUGGCAUGAUUGACAUGAUUCGGUUGUGUGUGUGAUGAUGCCUUGGCGUGUGCAGUAGUAGGCCUAGAUAUAAAUUAUGACAUUAGAAAACAGACAGAUGGGUUUGUAGCCUACUGUACUGGCUGUGCUGCAAUUGACAGUUGUUGAUUGUCUGGAAUUAAUACAAAUAAACACUCUUAUAAAUAAGUGCAUCUAGAACUUGGAGGAAUCCUGAAAACGGAGGGAAAAAAAACGUCUCGUACCAAUUCCGUCAUCUUCGGAGAUCACCGGGAGCUCGCACCGAAUAUCCACUGCCCCGCCUCCCCUCUCCUCUCCCCGUCAGCUCGAGACCAACGGAAACAUCAUAGGCUUGUCCGGCUGAUCCACACGCGAGAAACGGAUCUCGGAGACAUACAUACAUUUGAUUUGUUACAACGUAUCUGGAAGUGUGAGAGCGUUCCUCCCCAGCUGAUCCAGACGGAAGUCUCCUUCUCAGAGGCUUUAACACUCAGCGGUGACCAGACAAGGGGACCGACCGUGUUAUUGGUAAAUACCGUCUGGAAUUAAUCCCGUGGAUUAUCCGUGGGUGUCUUUAGUGGAGACACGGCCCGGUGUCCCCACCGCCUCUGUCUUUCUCCCGGUCGGUCGGGUGGAUCUGCCGUGGAAGGACUGUCAUGAGCCCGGGCUGGGAAUGGCAUCCUCUCCCAGUGUGUGUAAGAAGGUCGGACCGGUGGAGGAGGAGAACGGAGAACCGGAUCAUUCUCUACAAGAGAUGUUGAAGGCGAUAGCCGACGAACGGAACCGUCUUACUGUCAGACAAGAAACGAGUGGACUUGGGUGUUUUAAGGACGACCGCAUCGUGUUCUGGACAUGGAUGUUCUCCACGUACUUCAUGGAGAAGCUGUCGCCGCGGGAACAGGACGACAUGUUGUUUUACGUCCGCAGGAAGCUGUCAUACGUCAGCCCCGACCAAUCAGAGGGCAAGAAGGUGAGUGAGUGAAAGAGAG